AUGGAAGUUGUCUCUAACUAGACUCAGAUCAAUCAAGAGUCCAAUGUCUUCGAUAAAAUACUUAUGAAAAUUUACUAUCAGGAUUAUCAAGCUGCCUGUGAGGGUCAAUUAAAUCUUACCACUAAGUAGGUGCCAAAGGAUAUUGAGAUUAUUUAAAAUAGGAAAGUAUAAUGGAUGAAUUAUGAGAAUUAAGAUGUGAUCAAUUUGGACUAUAGUGAAUUUUUAAUAGCUGCUACUAGCAAAGAUCAGUAACUUGAUUAAAAGCCUUGCCUUUUUACAAAGAUAAGCAUAAAUAAUCAAUCAUAAGUUCUGAGUUUAAUUGGGUUACAGUAAGCCAUUGAGAAUGAAGAUGAGGCAGUGCUACUCCUAAUUCCUGAGGACUCAGGAUAAUGUAAAACAUUCAUUAAUGAAUUUUAUACAGUGCAAAAUAUUUUCAAGAUUUUUAACUAUUACAAUUAAAUGAAUGAACCACCCUAGGAAGACUCUUAACUUGACGAAUAGGAUUUAGAAUUUUUGGAGUAGUAAAUUGAAUUCAUUGAUAACACAAUGGAAUGUGAUGAUGAUGAAAGAUUCUAAGAUGCUGUUGAUGAUUAUUUUAAUAUGUCAGAUUAAUCCAAUCAGCAUUAGAUCAAGUCUCCAUUAGAAUUUUUCUAUGUGUCUAAGACUAUCAACGAAUUUAAACUGCUUAAAUCAGAUGUUAAGAGAAUUUCACCUAUAUAUGAAGACCAAGCCCAAAAAUAUAUAGGACUAUAUCACAAAGACAAGACAACUUCCAUCCUAAAAAUAGAAGAAUCUAAUAACUCAAAUUAGGGCUUCGAGUUGAGGUAUCCUGAAAAUCAUUAGAUUAACUUCUCAGGCAAAUUGAUAAACUACAAUCCAGAGGAAAAGCUUAUAUUCUACAGAGAUGAUGCCUUACUACAUGCUGUGAAUUUAGAGACGAAAAGAAGUGUCAAUUUUCAUGUCUAGCCCAGUUUUGGAAUUUAUUUACCAAUAAUGAAAUCUACUCUUUUCAUUGGCAAAGACAAGGACAUCAAUGUGUUUAUUCAUGAAUCAAACAAUCUCGUGCCUCCAUCAACUUUGAUGAGGAUACUGAUGCAGUAUAGUUAUAUAAGUGAAUGCACAUCCUUUACAGAUGAAAGCAAUGCUCUAUACUUUGCUCUGAGUUGCACUCAUUCACUGACAAAAAUGACUCACAUCCUCUAUAUUACUUUAAUCGAAAACUAACCAAGUCAAAAUGCCCCUAAGUACUAAUUCAAAUUGUUAGACCUCAUUAAGUUCAAGCCGGGACAUCAGAUUAAUAAACUGCUGUUGCUUGAGAAUGGAGAGUAGCUUAUGAUAUUGUACAAUAACAGCAAAAUAAAGAAGAUUAGCUUGAAUAUCAAUGGAGAGGACAUGAAAGCUUACAGAAGGCUAGAAUUUAGAGCCAAGCACUCCCUUAAUCUUUAUUAACCAAAAACAUUAGUGCUAUUAUAAAACAAAAAAGAUGUGCUGAUUCAAGAAAAAAGAGGUGGGGUGUGCAUAAUUAAAAUGACUAGGGAUAAAUAAAGUCCAAGUUAGCACAAUAUAUAUUUUGAUAUGAGUUAUACUAACAGUAAAUAUGUGGUUGCAUUUAAAAACUAAAUGCUUAUGUUUGCUAUUGAUAAACUGGAUAACUCGAAGAUUCUUGUUUAAGGAUUAUUUAAAGUUAAGUAGGAGCAGUUAGUUUAGAGUCUUAUUGAUGAUAAAUAGCAGAUUUAGCUAGCUUAAACCAUAUUAAGGUCGCAAGGAGGAAAUAAUAUGUCCUUGAUUCUUUACAAACUAGAAAAGUCGAAUUUCUAGGAUGAAGUACUCAUUGAUCAAUAUUUAAAUUAGGAAUUUAAGGAUUCUAAAUCUCUAAUGAGCAUUUUACUAGAAUAGAACAUUCCAAAUGUCAAGAUUGUUCAGAAGAUUAUAGACAAAGCCAUUCAAAUUUUUGCUAAAAAUACAAGUGACACAGAUACUAUUGGCUUGAUAUUAAGAGCAAAGAAAAGAUUAGAUCUUUUACAGGAAUCGAGACUUGAGCUCUCAAGCAAACUAAACCUUAGAAGUUAUUUAUUCAUAGACACUAUUGGCAGCAUUAUUUCUUACUUUCCAUUUUAAUUUACAGAUUCAUCAUACAUUCUCAAACUUGUGCUAAAAUCUCUUGAGGAGGAAAUCAUUUUAAAUUAUCAUCAAGUGAUUCAGAAUCUUCCCCUGGAAAUUAUAGAUCCUCAUUUUCUUUUAGGGUACCUUCCACCAGGAUCAUCUUAAUUCUCAAAGUUUUGGCUUAAUUUCUAAAAGCUCUUGAAUGAUAAGAAUAUCGAACAAUUUUCUAAUCUGAUGUAUGAUUACCAGAUUUAUCAUACAAUAGCAGUAGAGUAUAUUUUCCAGUUAAAUCAACCUGGUAAAGCUUUGAGAAUUUUACAAGAGGCUUCUUAAAAUAGAAUGAUUAAGAAUCUGACUAAGUUAUCUAUUUAGGCUGUUGAAAGUACUUUGAUUAAGAACCCUGAGAAUCUAAUGGAUUAAGAAAAGAAAAUCGCUGAUUUGUUUGGUUUUGAAGUUAGUCUUAAUGAAUCAGUCAAGGCUAUUGAGAGAGAUGAAGAUUUGGUUUAAGUUACAUUAGACAUUAUCUAUGAUAAAUUAUCUGUAAAAAAUCAAGAAUAAAUCUAUAUGUACAUUUAAAGGCUUUAAACUCUAAUUUAAACUGAAAACCAAGCAAACUUCAUCAGAAGUUAUCUAAAUAAUCAUUAUGAUAUUGCUCGUAAUAUCUUGCAUAAUUACGCAAUCGACACUCCAUUUAAGGAUCUACUUAAGAUCCAAGUAAAUUCAUCUACAGGUGGUUAUCUUGAUGAGUUCAAAAAUCUAUGCAGUUAAAUAAUGAAUCAUCAAAUAUCUCAAUCAAAAGGAGUGAAGGAGUAGGUGUUAGCAUUUGGUAGGUCUAAGACAAUAGGCUAAAUUGAUCAAAAAUGGAUUGAUUUGCUUCAUAGUUUGGUAAGACUUAGAGACUAAUUAGGAUUGAGUGAGGAAUAAGCUGAUAUUUACUAGAUUUUCCUAUCUAAGUUAUUAGAUAAUAGAGUAACAUCAAGUAUCGAGCAACUCAUCAAAAGUGGUCUCAUACCGAUGGAAGAUCUUUAGACUAGUAUUUUAAAAUAUCUAUAGGAGCAAUUUAAUAAGAGUUCAGAUGAUAACUUUUACUAGAAUUUCUAGAAUUCAAAAGCUUUUCUCGAAAUUCUGAUAGAAAAAGACGAAAGUGGGAAGAAUAUUGAAAAUCUAUACAAGGAAAAUAGGCUACUUGAUGCUUCAUUAUUCUUAAAGCAAAAUAAUCUACUUUUUGGCUAGAUACCAAAUGCAUAAAUCAGACAAGAUAUUAGCAAUGAUAGAUUAAUUGACAAAAUACUAUAAGUUCAUGGAUUUAGCUAAUACCCAUCUUUUUUCUCUGUGCUACUAGAGGCUUAACAGCUUAUAGAUGAAACUAAGCAGAAUCAAGUAGUUGUUAAAGUAUUUAAAUACUUUAAUAGCCUCAGGUAUUUCGAAAAUCUUAAUUAGAUACCAUCUUAUAUGGAGCAAAUGAUUUAUGAGCUUAUCCUAUUGAGGAAAGUUGAAAAUGCAGAGUAAAUGAGAUGGGUUGAUGAAUUAGAAGUAAUUUUAGUUAAGCUUGUGAAGUUGUUCGAAGGUAUUGACAAAUGGUAGAUAAAAAAGGAUAUGAUCAAAUUCUUGCACAAAUAUAUGAAUAAGUCUUCUAGUCUUUACUAUGACAUUUGCCAGAUCUCACUAAGAAUCAUGAAGGAGCAGAGACAAACAGAUCUUGUUCAAAAUAUAGUAAUGAGCAUUCAGAAUAACAUGUAGAGCAGACUUAGAUAUUAUAUGAGAUAGUUCAAGUAAAUCUCAGAAAAUCUAAAUAACGAUGAUCAAGUUUUAAAGUAUCUUAUUGAGACCAAGCAAUUUGAAUGUUAUCACAUCAAAGAAUUAGCUAGAGUCCUAGAAAUAUCUGAAGAUUUGAAAGCCAAACUUAAGUAUCUUAAAAACAAAAGUCUAGACUAGAUCCUAUCAGCUCUUCAAAAUUUAGAUUUUGAUUAUUCACAAGAAGCAUCAAAUUAGUCUAUUACUCAAGUAAAUCAAUCGCAGAUUAAUGAAAAUAACCAAGAAAAAAAUUUAUCUUCAGGCUUGAAAAAUGAGUAAGUAGUCCAAUAAGAGAUUGUGGAAGAAGAAAAUCCUUUAAAAGAUAUUAUUAAAAAUAUUGAAGAUAUGGAAUAAGUCGCAAUGAUUAUUGACAUGAACUACAAUAACUGGAAUGAUAAAUUUGAUAUUCAAAAGUUAAUACUUGAUAUGACUAGACUCAGCAUUAAAACCCUUCCUGAAAAUUUGCUUCGCUUAAUUAUUAAGAGAAUUUUAGAGGAAAGCAAGCUGAAUUUCGACAUUGAGGCAAUUGUCAAGUCAUUUAACGAUUUUAGUAAUUUUCUGAAUUUCUUCCUACCAUUGAAGGCAAUAUCAGAAAGCAUUGAUUCUAAUACACUACCUGAUUAAUUUGCUAUUGCCUAAUUAAAAUAUCAAUAACUAGAAGAUUAAUAAUCAAUAAGUUUGAUAGAUGAGCUUAAGUAGUUGGUUACAGAUUACAACGUUUUUAUCGUGUGCUAGUCUUAUGAUGUUUUUGAAAAAUACUCAGACUAACUCCAAAAACUAACUCUUACUGCUCUGUACACAAAUAAAUUAGAUAUAUACCUUCACAGUUAUAAUUUCAUAAAAAACUUAAGUGAUUAAGAUGUUAGUAAGAUAUUCUAUAAGGUUUUGGACAAAGAAUUGAUGAAGGAGUUGAUUGAAGAUUAAUAUCUGAUUAAUGAGAUUAACCGGAAGUAUAUAGACAAGUUUAACGAUCAGUACCCAGAUGAUAUUGAUAUCAAUCUUAGAGAAUUUAUGAUUUAAUGA